CUCACUCCACAGUCCGAGCUGAAGAACUGCAUCCAGCAGGUCACCAUGAAGGUUGUAGCUGGUGGUGUUUUGUUGCUGGCUGUUGUCCACCUGAGCCGUCCUUGUAUCAAAGAGGGAACGAUCACGAUCUGCUUCAACAUCCCAACAUACUUUGAACCUGGUUCCUCAUCUCUGUUGAUGGUCCUGAAGGAUGUCGGAGAGAUCAACUCCACAGUGCUGCAGAGUGAGAACCUCGCUUCUAUCACCAGGCUCACGAUCAACAACGCAGGUGUCACGAGAAUCGCUGAAAAAGCCUUCAGCUCACUUACCAAUCUUAAGUAUCUCAGCUUGGAGCUAAACAAUCUGUCGCAGAUUAAUUCAAACUGGUUUAAAGAGCCCGCCGCCCUGAGUGAGAUCAUCCUUACGGGAAAUCACAUUGAAGUCUUGAGUGAGUCCACGCUCGGACAGUUUGCUAACCUCACAAGCCUCAGGCUGAAUAAAAACAUGCUCAGGAAUAUUGAGCAGAAUAGUUUCAGUUCCCAGGCCGCCUUGGCUGAGUUAGACUUGUCCAAGAACAAGUUGACUUGGGUCUCACCACAAGCCUUCAGAUCUCUGACCUCCACCAAGAUCAGAUUAGGUGGGAACCCUUGGGACUGUUCGUGUGAAGCUGAAGACUUUGUCGCCUUUAUGAAAGCUCUACAGAGCAGAUCUCAGCUGGAAAACGAGAUGGACGUGACCUGUGAGAGUCCUCCAUCCCUGAGGGGUCGGCUGGUGUGGAACGUAACGGUAUGCGUGACAUCACCAUCAAGAACACCGUCAGUGGGCCCUUUAUCCACUGUAAAAGUGGUGACGACCUCUCCAUCGCCAACAUCAGAGACAGAAACCUCCGUCAAACCCAAACCCACUAUAAGCUCUUCUCACACUGUUCCGUCAUUAGAAACAUCUGUCCACCCUAAGCCCACUUAUGCACACACACCUGGCCCUGCAUCCACUGUAAAAGUGGAAACUCCUUCAUCACGACCAACAUCUAACUCAGACACUUCUGUUACACACAAACCCACUGAUGUAGCCACAAUGAGCUCGUCCCACACCAUUAAAGUGGUGACAACCACUCCAUCACGCCCAACAUCAGACACUUCUUUCGCAGCCUCAUCCACUGAUGUACCUCCAAUAAGCUCUUCCCACACUGUAAAAGUGGUGAGGACGCCUCUACCACGUCCAACGUCAAACUCAGAUGUUUCUUUUAAACCCACAUCCACUGAUACAUCCACAAUUAGCUCUUCUCACACUGUUACAGAUUCAUCAUUAGAAACAUCUGUCCACCCUAAGCCCACUUACGCACACGCAUCUGGCCCUGCAUCCACUGUAAAAGUGGAAACUCCUUCAUCACGACCAACAUCAAACUCACACAAACCCACUGAUAUACCCACAACAAGCUCUUACACCAUAAAAGUGGUGACAACCACUCCAUCACGCCCAACCUCAAACUCAGGCACUUCUUUCAAAGCCUCAUCCACUGAUGCAUCCACAAUAAACUCUUCUCAAACUGUUUCAUCAUUAGAGACCUCUAUCCACCCUAAGCCUAUCUAUGUACAUACACCUAGCCCUGCAUCCACUGUAAAAGUGGAAACUCCUUCACGACCAACAUCAAAGACAGAAACUUCUUUCAAAACCAAACCCACAAGCUCCUCUCUCACUGGAUCUUAUGAGACGUCACCUCUGGUAAGGACAGAAGCCUCACCCCACGCCGAACUCACAAACUCAUCCACAACAGCUUCUGAACCUGCUGGAGUGACAGUUCCAUCACAACCACCGUCAGAUACCAACAUUGUCCGUGCGCUCAUUGCUGUGAUUGUGGUCCUCUGUGUGCUGCUGUUUGUGGUGUGUUUCCUGGCUGUGCGACACCGAAGGAAACACAACAAAAAAAGUGUGACACCCGGGCAUUCGAGAGAAGACAAAAAGCAGCUGGAAGAAGAAAGCAGAUCAAGUCAUGACUCUCUAAGAUCCUCUGAGAAUAAGGAUGCAGAGAUGGCUCGGAUAACAUCCUUUACUGGAAUCAGAGCAAAGUCAGCAAAUGCUGUAAUCCUCAUGUCUCCUUUUUGUGCAUCUGGGAAGGAUCCUGUGACUUUGCAUACUGAGACAGAGGCUCAAGCAAAAGUCACUGAAAACCCAGCUGAGGGAAAGCAGAAGCUGGUGAAUGAAACUGAAGCCACAGGAGCUGCAGGAGGAUUUCAGACAGAAAAUCCCGCAAACACCACAGACGCGAUCAAGGAGAAUGAAAAAACAGCCAAUCCUGGUACAAAUCUAGAUGAAAACCCUGAAUGUGUUCCUGUUAGCACUGACAUGGUACCUUAUCUGAGCAUCGGCACAGACCAGAACAAAUCACUUCCUGUUGAAGAGUCUGUUGAAGGUCUUGGUCUAAGAUCAAAAGGCAGCAAAAUUAUCAAGAGGAUCUCUACCUGGCCCCUCGCUGCAGCUCAGUGGCAGGAAAGAUGCAAAAGAAAAGCAGAAGAUGAGGAGGAUGGUGAUGACUUGACUGUUUGGAGACAAAAUGUAACAAAGAAGUUUUCAGAUGAAAUAAAGAAGACUGUAAAUGAUAGAGGCCAUCCCUUCACUUUUGAUGGGGACAAAGAGAAAGAUGAAACUAUGAAAAAUCAAAUGGGGGCUCUCAUGGACCUGAGACACUCGCAGUCCUUAAAACCAAUUGAAGAGGAACACCUGAAGAAAGAAGGGAUGGCAGUGGGUGAUACUACCACUGUGACACAAACAACUGCACAAAACCAAAAUGCGAAUCAGGAAAACCUCCAUCAGGAUCGACAUCAGACAUCUGGAAAAAGCUCAGCACACAACAACAUCAAGAGCAGCAAGGAGGACAAUCAGAGGAAGGAAUCGAAACGAGCUGUGCACAGCAGGCAGAGGGCAGAAAACAGGGCGUCCAGCUCAAAGGCUCCCUCUGGUGGUGCAUCACCUGAUGACGAAACGCUGCUGUCUGGGAACGACUACGCCUUCAUGAACCUGCUGCAUGAAGUCGUUCAGAACAAUGGCCGUUGGACCAGACAGAGGUGGAAGCAGACACAUGCCAACAAGCAACGGCGUUAGAAGAGAGCUGGCAGAGGAGAUCAUCAUGGCUAUCCAAUCACUCUUCAAGUAAAAUGAAAUUCUCACUUGAUUCUUACACUAAGUGUAACUUGAAAGUUUGCUGUAUUGGCACAGUGCAGUCCAGCCUCUGCCUCUUAAUGCAUUUGUGUUAAAUAUGACGACUGGCUGAAUUUAGCCCAUUUUCCAAAACCCAGCAAUCUUUCUAAUGGCUAGCAGAGGGCAGCUCUUGAAAUCAGAUUGCAUAGAAGUCUACUUAAAGGCCAGAUUUUCUAAACUAGACCCAAGAGUGCUCAUAAUUGUGAUUAGAGUUGGAAAAAAAAGCUUUUUGAGGUGAAUUUCAAUAUCAAGCUCAAAAGAUAAGACAUGCUUUUUUUCAGCGUUAAAUAUCAGUGCAAUUAGCACUAAAUUGCAUGUUGCAAUCGUUAGUAAAUCAUUUUGCAUGUCUGAUUUAAAUAUUCUCCUCCCUGUAUUUUACUUUGCUCUCCUUUUAUGCAAUGUGUGCCCUGCUCACUUGAUUUAUUAAAUUUCUGAGUUUAUGGUUUCAAUAUCUUGUUUCAACUUUAAUUUAAUACAUAAUUUUUGUCCAAAAAAAUGAUAGUGUCACUUAUAAUGUGAUACAU